AUGGAUUACGAAACCGAGCCGCAACACAAUGAAAUCAACUUGAUUCGCCUGGUACGACGACUCGAGAAAUCUGUAGCUAAUGUAGAUGACUGGAAGCCAAGCGCAAGCCUGCGCAAGGAGGAGAUUUAUCUAAGUGCAUUGAAAUCAUUACAGAAUGUAAAGUUUGCAAAAAGGCUGGUUAAGAAUAUCGAGGCAGAUGAUUUUGAGCCACCACCGAAAAAGUUGCAACGUCUCGACGACGCAAAGGCCAAGCUAGAGCGUGUCGAGUCCUUUCUCAGCAAUGUAGAAAAGACGACAAAACCAGAACCUAAGGAACCUAUUCCCAUACUCCCUACUCUACCUGUACCACGCCCUCCCCUGACCCCUUCACACAUUGAACCGUCACAGCAGCAGCGAUCCCAAAGUCCUACACCUCAAGAACUCAAAGAAAAAUCGCCGUCACCCGCUUUAUCGAAGAACAACUUAUUUAUCACUCCUCCUGACCCCGAAGAAAUGUCUCCAACACUCAUUACUACCGCCCUGCCCUCCCUUCUACCAUCUUCGUAUCCUCCAGAGACAGCAACCACAUCCGCAUUCUCGCGUAAUUUCGGGCCUACACCUACUGCUCGUAAACUGGGAGGUACCCAUGCGUCGACGGCCGUGCAAGAGGAGCUUUCGACCCAGCUUGAGCUCAUGGCGCAGCAACUCAAACGCAAUGCCAUGCAUUUCUCCACAUCUCUGGAGAAGGACAAGGCGGUUGUGGAGCAAGCGCAGGCCAAGUUGGAGGGCAAUUAUGACAUGAUGCAGCAAGAACGGGUGCGGCUACGAGACCAUAGCGGCAAGAGCAGGUCGACGACGUGCAUGACCCUUGGAAUUGUGAUACUUGUUUUGUUGGUCUUCAUGCUCAUGGUUUCAGUUAUCAGGUUUUCUUAG